AAAAAUCUAGAGAGAGAAAAACAAGAAAAUAAAAAAAAAAGUCAGGCGUCUUUCUGCAAGAAUUCACAUUUGGUGUCUGCUCUCUCUCUCUCUCUCUACUUUCUCGCUCACGCAUCUAGAGGAAGGAGGAGGAAGGAGUCAUGUCUGGUUUAUACAACAACAACUCAUCUUACUUCUCUCCCGCUAGAGCUGCUUCUCCUCAGAUUCGAAACACUCCUGAGAUCGACAGUUCUCAGUACUUGACGGAGCUUCUCGCUGAACAUCAAAAGCUUACACCUUUUACUCAAGUCUUACCCAUAUGCAGCCGUUUAUUGAAUCAAGAGAUGUUCAGGGUAUCUGGAAUGAUGCCAAACCAAGGAUUUGGCGAUUUUGAUAGACUCAGACACAGAAGUCCCAGUCCCAUGGCUUCUUCUAAUCUUAUGUCUAAUGUCUCUAACACCGGUUUAGGUGGUUGGAACGGUCUCUCUCAGGAGAGACUUAGUGGAACACCUGGAAUGACUAUGGAUUGGCAAGGCGCACCUGGAAGUCCCAGCUCAUACACUGUUAAAAGGAUAUUGCGUCUGGAGAUUCCAGUAGAUAGUUAUCCUAAUUUCAAUUUUGUUGGACGGCUUCUUGGUCCUAGAGGCAACUCAUUAAAACGUGUUGAAGCUACCACUGGUUGCCGUGUGUUCAUCAGAGGGAAAGGUUCAAUCAAGGAUCCAGAAAAGGAAGAUAAGCUAAGGGGAAGACCAGGCUAUGAACAUCUAAAUGAGCAGCUUCACAUCUUAAUAGAAGCAGAUCUUCCAUCCAGUAUCGUGGAUAUACGUCUCAGACAAGCUCAAGAAAUCAUAGAAGAGUUACUAAAGCCUGUGGAUGAGUCACAAGAUUUCAUAAAGAGGCAACAGCUGAGGGAACUAGCGUUGCUAAACUCAAACAACUUAAGGGAAGAGAGUCCAGGACCAAGCGGCGGUGGAAGCGUUUCACCUUUUAAUUCAAGUGGUAAACGUCCCAAAACAGGAUGCUAAAGGAGCGUUUGUUGUCUCAGUCAAGGAGCGUUUUAAAUGGUUUCUUCUUCUUCAACCAAAAGUACAUGUCUGCAUACACAAACACUCAUGAGUCAUGUGUGUAUAUUUGGUUCUGGCCCAGUACUGGCUGCAGUGGUGGUGGUCAAGUUAAGGCCUCCCUGGUCUCUCUCCGGUGAGCGACCCUGCGGUUUUCCUUCUUUUCUUUUUUAUUUAUUUUUUGUUUUAUUCGUCUUUAUGAGACGAUAUCAGAUAUUCAUUACAGAUUAUUUUAAAAAAAAAUCAGAAAAAGAGAUCAGGAAAAAAAAAUGUUGAGAUAUAUAAUAUGUAUGUAGGGAAAAAAUGUGGCUGGGGAAAGGGAGUGUAUUGAAAUUCUUAUUGU